UCUCUGCAAAACUACUGGAGUACAAUAACCACUCUCUAUUAACUAUUACCUCUCUCUCUCUCUCUGAAUCCUUUUUCUCUCUGGCUUGCCUUGCAAUUCAUUAAAUGCACCUCCCCUGCACCACCGCCACCACUCAAUAAUCUUUCUCUCUCUUGCUUUCGGGAAUCAGGAUUCAGGACAGAGCAGGUGGGUACCUCCGUCAUGGAAUAGCUCACGAACUGCAACCACGAUCACCAUCUCUCUUCUUUCCACUCACUGCAUGUCAUCAUCCUAUUCACAUUUCUCGAUCUCCAUUCAACGAUCUCAGACAGAGUCUGCGACCUUUAAUUGGCUCUGUCACAGAUGUCAACCAUCUGGUUCUCCCAUAAGUUCACGUUUCCUGCAGUGGAUCCACAUUUGACUACAAUAAUCAAACCCUAGUUGAAGUGUUUGUUCGCCCCUACAUUGAGAUUUCGAGUGUCUACAUUGCAACUCCAUGUGGGGGAAUCUUUAACAAUAGGAAUGGUCUAUUGGGUGGUUGACUAAUGCAACUAUUCUGGGAUUUUGAGUGAGAUAUGUAUCUGGAAAAGUAGGAAUCUCAACCUCUCUGUUUCUUUCGGAUGCCAUUGCUUUGUAGCUGAGCAAAGCAGAUGGGGUGCUGUGUAAGUAGUGGUUUCAGCAGAAGUGGUAGCAGUAACAAUGAAGAGACAAUUUCUUCCUCUUGUUUGGGGUUCAGAUCACGGCGGAGCAAUAGAAUGAAGAGAUCAUCGGCUGAGCAUGUCACUGCCAUGCAUCAUUUACAUUCUAUUCCCAACCGGAUUUUUGCAAAUGGGAACAGCAGAACUUCCUGUAUUUUCACUCAACAAGGGCGCAAGGGCAUAAAUCAGGAUGCCAUGGUUGUUUGGGAAGAUUUCAUGUCAGAAGAUGCAAUAUUUUGUGGGGUCUUUGAUGGUCAUGGUCCACAUGGUCAUCUUGUUGCCCGCAAAGUGAGGGACGACUUGCCACUGAAGUUACUAUCUUUCCUGCAAUCUCAAGAGUCAAGGCAAAAUGGCCUGAAUAAUAAUUGUUUUGGUAGAAAAACAAAACUUGAAGGAGAUUCUGAGAAGGAUGGCUCAACUGAGGAUAACCUGGGAUCUUUGUGGAGAGAAGCUUUCCUCAAGUCAUAUAAAGCCAUGGACAAGGAGCUGAGGUCCCAUCCUACCCUGGACUGCUUUUGUAGUGGUAGUACUGCUGUCACUAUUGUUAAACAGGGGUUGAAUCUUUUCAUGGGGUACAUUGGCGACUCCCGUGCUAUCAUGGGGUCCAAGGACAGCAGUGAUUCUAUGGUUGCAGUGCAGUUGACUGUUGAUUUAAAGCCUGAUUUGCCAAGGGAAGAAGAAAGGAUUAAACGGUGUAAAGGAAGGGUCUUUGCAUUGCAAGAUGAGCCUGAAGUUCCUAGAGUUUGGUUGCCAUUCGAUGAUGCCCCCGGGUUAGCAAUGGCUAGGGCAUUUGGGGAUUUCUGUUUGAAGGAUUAUGGAGUUAUCUCCAUACCAGAAUUCUCUCACAGGAUACUCACAGAGAGGGACCAAUUCAUUGUUCUUGCCUCCGAUGGUGUUUGGGAUGUCUUGAGCAAUGAAGAGGUUGUUGAAAUUGUGUCCUCAGCCCCAACCAGAUCAUCAGCUGCACGGAUCCUUGUUGACUCUGCUUCUCGAGAAUGGAAACUCAAGUACCCAACUUCAAAAAUGGACGAUUGCGCAGUGGUGUGCUUGUUUCUGGAUGGCAAGAUGGACACUGAAUCUGAGGCAGAAGAGCAAUGUGUAUCUGCAGUGAGUUAUUGUGGUCAGCAGUCUUGCACUGCAACUGAGUUGGAUGAUGGCCAGAAUUCUGAACCAUUUCUACAGAGGAAUUUUACAGUCAGAUCAGCAGAAGAUGGCAACCCAAACAACAAAAUUCAAGUCGAGGUUGAGGGAGAUGGUGGAACUAUAAUUGAUGAACAGAACUGGUCGGGUUUGGAAGGUGUGACACGAGUCAACUCACUGGUUCAACUUCCAAGAUUUUCUGCAGAGAGGCUGAAUGCAUGACUCAUGCAUUUGUAAAGAGUGAAUUGAUGAUGUACUUGUAAUCCAAUGGCUUAGGAGCCUGACAAAUGCAAGAAAAUUGGUAAAUUCUCCUAUGAUGCUACCAUUGGGCUGAAA